CUGCCGAUCUCAACAAUCCAAAUAAUCGCCUACAAUGCUGGCAUUGCAGUUCGGAUACCGUUGGUGCUGAAGACUUUUGCGGCGAAGUGUUCAACGAAGACAACAUUCCCGUGGAUUUGCUAAAGGAACGCAACCUUAGUGUCUUGCGUGCCUGCAAUAGCAGCAUUAAAUCGGAACAUGAAAGGCCAGUUUGUCGUAAAACUGUAGAAGAAAUUAAUGGACAAACGGUGACAAAACGUUUCUGUUACUACACCAACAAAUCGGAUACCCUGAAUCAUUGCAUGGAUGAUCCCACCGAGAAAAAUGUCCAUCGUGUUUUCUGUGAAGAUUGUCUAACGGAGAAGUGUAAUGGAGCCAUGGGCAUGGGUGGGGGUAAUAAUUACUUGGGUGUCCUGUCGUGUGCUGUCACAUUGAUAAUUAUUUUUGUGUGCAAAUUUGAUCAUGUUUAA